AUGGCCGACAAUGCAAGUGAAGGCUGCUUUUCGCUCAAAGAAUUUGAAGUAAGUCAGAUAGAAGAAGCCGCAGCAUUGCCUAAUGUAGAUAAUUGAACUAUAUGCAAAUGCCGCGGCCAUUGUCGAAAAGAAACUAUGCAGAAGUGUGAAUACGUUUUGUUCGAGUGUGUGUCAUGGCAAAGUCAAAAAUUUGGGUUGUUGCAUGAACAACAAAAGGGCCCAAGAAAGCGAUAGCGAAAACACGGUAAGUCUAUUUAAUACCUUUUCCUGUAUGUAUAAAGGCGGUAUUCGGUGAAAAUUUGGCGCAUGAAUAUAAAACAGGCAGUAGCUUCUUUGUGUUUUUAACAUCAUUUACAUAUCUAAUGCGAUGCACAGAGGGCAAGACAAAGAGAGCUUUCAUGUCUAGUUCUGGUUUUGCAUUAAGUCCUGACACAAAGCCAAAGGACUAAUGGAACGAACUUCCAGAGAACAUUAAAUUAUUUAUAUUAUAAUUUAUAUAAAGCACAUAUGUGAAUUUGAUAUGAGAAUAUAAUAUAUUGGAAACGUUUAUCAGCGGGCAUGUUUUGGACUAGUUUGUAUAUUACAACUGCGUAAGCUCAUAGUUCACACCAUUGGAAAAUUGACCCUUUGGCUUGGCUUACAGUAUAUUCUCUCUUGCUGUUUUAGGAUUUUGAUUUUUCUAUCCAAGAUGAAGAUACAGAGAGUAAAGAUGAGGAUGAGAGUGAAGAGUAUGAUAGUGAGCAAAGUGAAGAAAGCAAGGGGGUGCAGACAAGAGGGAGAGCAAGAGGUCAGUAAGAGGAACGAAAACAACAAGAAAGAAGGUAAAGGAAGUGCAUCUCAAUCAUCAUUUUGCAUCUCAAUCAUCAUUUUCGCCCCAUGAUCACCCAUUGAAUGCAAAAAUCUUCCCUUGACAAGUAAAAUUGUCUAUCAUUACACAGAUGAAAACUACUGUAUGGUACAAUGUACUUAUUUGGUUAACACCAUUAGGUCAUCAGGAGGCCAACUGUUUUUUGUUUGCUCUAAUGCCUGACAAUUUUACUCCUCAAGCUCAGAGUAUAAGAGUAUUAAUUAACAGUUAAAUAUCUGCUACAAUUUUCCUGUAUCAUUAUUUGACCCAAUCUAAUGCCAUAUUUAAUAUUUCAAAUAUUUGUGAUUGAGUUAACAAUGAUACCUAUAUGUUAACUUUUCAGAACCUAGUGGAAGCUAUGGAAAUUGACGUCUUGCAUAGGCUGGCCUUGGAAUUACUGUGCAGGCAGCCAGCCACAUUUGCUGACAUAGUGAGUGAAGAAUUGCCAGGAGGGAAUGGAGCUCCAGAUCCUGAUAAUACCCCUGAGUGGUGCAACUGUGGUCACUGUAUGGCAAUGCCCACUCAGGAGGAGAAUAAAUGCUGUGCUCGAACAAGAAGACCUUGUGUUUCAAGACAAGCACUUUUCAAUCAAGUUGUCCUAGAUGCUAAUAUUUUGGAUAUUGCCACGAGGUACAGAGAAGAUGUUCUGGUCCUCAACAAUAAUAGAAAUGAGAAUUUUUGCCAUGCAGCCUAUAGGCAAUUUGUAUUAUGGCAACAUGGACGUUUAGGGAGAGGAAAUCGGAGAGUAGUUCCAAGUUGCUGUGUACUGGCUAUACACAGUUGUAUCCUUCUCCUAAUGGAGUGUACACAGGUUAUUGGCUGACUUUGUGA